AUGUUCUGCAUCUUCUUACUGCAGUCACGUGUGAGCUUUCAGAUUUCUCCCUCGUCCCUUAACUCUGAACACCUGCUUCACUGUCCUCUUCCUCAGCUUUGUCCCUAUGGUGUCAGCCGCCAUGUGGGUGGCCUUUCAACCAAGCCUGGUGGAGGAAAAUGGUGUCGGGUGGUGGUGGCUCUAGCGCUUCAGAGAGGCUUCCUCCGCCUUUCCCUGGCCUGGAGCCGGAGUCCGAGGGGGCAGCUGGGGGGUCAGAACCCGAGGCUGGGGACAGCGACAUUGAGGGGGAGGACAUUUUCACCAGCACCGCUGCAGCAAGCAAGCCCCAGUCUCCAAAGAGAACUACAUCCCUUCUUCCUGUCAACAAUGGCUCCAAAGAAAAUGGUAUCCAAGAGGAACAAGACCAAGAGCCACAGGACCUCUUUACAGAAAGCCACAAAUUCUUCUAAGCCGCAGCCAAGCUAUGAGGAGCUAGAGGAAGAAGGACAGGAAGACCAAUUUGAUUUGACAGUCGGUAUAACUGAUCCUGAAAAGAUAGGGGAUGGUAUGAAUGCAUAUGUGGCCUAUAAAGUUACAACACAGAUGAGCUUACCAAUGUUCAUAAGUAAACAGUUUGCUGUGAAAAGAAGAUUUAGUGACUUUCUAGGUCUUUAUGAGAAGCUUUCAGAGAAACACUCUCAGAAUGGCUUCAUUGUCCCUCCUCCACCUGAGAAAAGCCUAAUAGGAAUGACAAAAGUGAAAGUUGGGAAGGAAGAUUCUUCUUCUGCAGAAUUUCUUGAAAAGCAGAGAGCUGCUUUAGAAAAGUACCUUCAGAGGAUUGUGAAUCAUCCUACCAUGUUGCAGGACCCUGAUGUCAGAGAGUUCUUAGAAAAAGAAGAACUGCCACGUGCUGUGGGUACCCAGACACUGAGCGGUGCUGGUCUACUCAAGAUGUUCAACAAAGCCACCGAUGCAGUCAGCAAAAUGACCAUCAAGAUGAAUGAGUGAGACAUUUGGUUUGAGGAGAAGCUCCAGGAGGUAGAGUGUGAGGAGCAGCGCUUACGGAAACUGCAUGCUGUUGUAGAAACCCUAGUCAACCAUAGGAAAGAGCUAGCAGUGAACAUGGCCCAGUUUACAAAGAGCCUAGCCAUGCUCGGGAGCUCUGAGGACAACACAGCAUUGUCACGGGCACUCUCCCAGCUGGCUGAGGUGGAAGAAAAGAUUGAGCAGCUCCACCAGGAACAGGCCAACAAUGAUUUCUUCCUCCUUGCCGAGCUCCUGAGUGACUACAUUUGCCUCCUGGCCAUAGUCCGGGCUGCCUUUGACCAACGCAUGAAGACGUGGCAGCGCUGGCAGGAUGCUCAAGCCACACCGCAGGAGAAGCGGGAGGCUGAGGCUCGGCUGCUGUGGGCUCACAAGCCUGACAAGCUGCAGCAGGCCAAGGAUGAGAUCGAAGAGUGGGAGUCUCGGGUGACUCAGUAUGAAAGGGACUUUGAAAGGAUUUCAACAGGGGUCCGAAAAGAAGUGAUACGGUUUAAGAAAGAGAAAUCCAAGGACUUCAAAAACCAUGUGAUCAAGUACCUUGAGACACUCCUGUAUUCACAGCAACAGCUGGCAAAGUACUGGGAAGCCUUCCAUCCUGAGGCAAAGGCCAUCUCCUAAUGGACCGAGGACGCCAGAGCCCACCUGCGUGACGCUGCCUUUUUAUACACUGCCGUCCUCCACCUUGAUGGACGCCAGUGAUGCAUCCUGCCUAUACUGGACUUAACCCCUGCCCCCACAGCCAACUGUCCCCAGUUACUCUAACCUUAUUUCAUCUAGUUUCCGAAUAUAUUUGCUUACCUAAGAGAAUAGUUUCCUGCUUUAAGCAAAAGACCUACAAUAGGUGGUGGAAUUAUGGGAUAAGGGUGGAGUACUGAUAUAAAUAUAUAAAUACAAAUGUAUAUUUUUCAGGAUGU